CUAUUAAGGAAAAUGUUAGUAAACUAGGUAAAAUUUAUACCUAUCAAGAUGUCUACUGAAAAACUAAAUGGCCACAUUAAUGACAAUAUUAAAAUUAGCAUCGAAACCGAUCCCUCGCCUAACGGAACAAGUGACAGUGAAAUUAAAACGAUGGACGAUAGAAGUGAUAAAAUUGGACUAAAAAUGGCUGACGCUAAAAGUGAUAAUCCUACAGACUUACUAGGUGUACCCAGGAAUGGACAUCGUAUGUCGUUUAUGGAAGAAGAGAGCGUAAAAGAAAGAAUGAGACUAUCUCUUUUGAAGCAGUGUUCGGCCAUUUUGAAACAAGGAGACCAGAGGUACACCAAAGAGACAUUGCAUCGCACUUUUCAAGAUGAGGAUCUAUUGGAAAGAAUAUUCAGACUAUUCGACGUGGAAAGACAAGACCAACUAGUGCAGGAAGAUUGGUACGAAUUUCUGAAACAGAGGUUAACAGAAGAUAAACAACUAGACUUCGUGGAGCAAGUAGAAAGCGUAGCGUACGUGCUUUGCGGAGAUGGAGUGAUCACACUUGACACGUUUCAGCACAUCUUGAAAAACAAAGUGGUUACUAACAAACUUUUGCGCGUAGUGGACACUGACGGCGACGGGUGCGCAACAGCGGAUGAAAUUAUGGAGUUCCUCUCCACACUUUCUAGCUCAAGACCACGAAUGGGCAUCGACAAACCAAGCGUAGAUCGCCUAGAACAGCUCUUCAGACAGACUGUAGGUGAUCAGAAAGAGAUAACAAGGGAGCAAUUUCAAAAAAUCGUUGUCUCUAAAAAUCCAUUUUUCACUGAACGAGUGUUUCAAAUCUUCGAUGAAGAUAACUCUGGAACAAUAUCGCAUCACGAGUUCAUUGCAGCCGUGAACAGGUUUGGAAGACAAACCCCAGAAGACAAAAUUCGGUUUCUCUUCAAAGUUUAUGACUUGGACGGCGAUGGUCUAAUUCAACACCGUGAAUUGCAGCACGUGAUGCGUGCAUGCAUGGAAGAAAAUGGCAUGCAGUUUUCAGACGAACAGUUAUUGGAUCUAACCAGUGCGAUGUUUGAGGACGCUGACACGGAACAACGGGGUGCCAUUACUUACGAGGCUCUAAGAGACCAGUUGAAUAAGCACGGAGGGUUAUUGGAAAAUCUGUCUAUAAGCAUAGACCGAUGGUUGGUACCACCGAAUCCGAAACCAGAACCAAAAACUCUUCGAUACCGUCUAUUAAAAAUGAAGCCUUAUCAACUCUCUUUACCAUACUUCAAGAAUAACUAUGUCUAUCUUAGCUACCUAUUUGUCUUCUUCAUGGUGAAUUUAGGACUGUUUGUGGCGAGGAUUGUGGAGUAUCGAGAAUCGAAUAUCUUUGUUAUAUUUGCUAGAGCUUGUGGCCAAUGUCUAAACUUCAACUGCACCUGGGUACUCGUCCUCAUGCUUCGUCGCUGUAUUACUGCAUUACGCGAACGUGGAUUUGGUUCCGUUCUGCCGUUGGACUAUCACAUCUAUUUGCACAAGCUGACUGGUGUACUAAUUGUUCUUUUCAGUAUUUGGCACACGGCAAUGCAUUUGAGUAACUUCAGUCUUAUCGUAGUGAAUGAUCCAAUACUCAACGCAAACAAUUACACUGUGUUUGAAUGGGUGUGUACCACUCGACCGGGUUUGUUUGGCCUCUGCGCUGGGUGUGCCAACCCCACUGGUAUAGCGUUAUGUGUGGCACUGUUUGUACUCGGUGUGUCUUCUAGACCUGCGCUCAGAAAAGGAGGAUGUUUUGAGGUUUUCUAUUUUGUCCAUCUUCUCUACAUUCCCUUUUGGAUCCUGUUGAUUCUUCACGCGCCGAAUUUUUGGAAAUGGUUCAUUGUACCGGGCACUGUCUAUAUUAUAGAGCGUAUCCUGAGACUGGCUUGGAUGAGGUCAGAAAGCGGAAAAACCUAUAUAGCAUCAGGAAUAUUACUACCAUCCCGAGUGACACAUUUGGUGAUACGGCGACCACCACUGUUCGAGUUCCACGCUGGCGACUACGUGUUCGUUAACAUCCCUGCCAUUGCAAUCUACGAGUGGCAUCCUUUUACUAUCAGCAGUGCACCAGAUCAAGAAGAUUACAUUUGGCUUCACAUCAGAGGCGUGGGCGAGUGGACCAACCGCCUGUACGCCUACUUUGAAGAGGAACAAGAGCGACUGCAUGGCAACGAGGUUAUACACGAGAAGGUGACCCGCAGCGCUUCAGGUCAGAGCAACAAAAGUAAACGGAAGGGUUCCGCAGGCAGUGCGAAAAAACGCUCCGUCGACUUCUCUCCUGUGUCAUACACCAAUGAGGCCUUCACUAUUGACGAAGAAAUUGAUAAUGGAUUUACUGUCUUACCACCACCUUCUCGACUGCCUCGAUCUCCCUUUCUGUCUCCUCUGAAGUUUUUAGAGAAAUCUCGAUCAAUGCCUGACGUACGAAAUAACACCAAGAAGACACCAACGCUGAACGAUUACCACCGCUCGGAGUCCACGCGCAGCUUCUCCACGUAUGAAAUACGUCGAGCGCGCAAGCUUGCCGGCGCGAAUGCACAGACGCGCGCGCUCGCACACAGCUUCCGAUACAUGCGCACUAAGCCUACCAUCAUCGCCUGUAAACCGCCCAGCGAAGAGAGGAGGCGCUCCAACGAGAGUAUACUGAGCAUUGCAAGACGUCGCCUAUCAAAGAGCCUGUCUUCAGAGCGCGACGUGGAAGUAACGGACAAGCCUUGUAUCAAUAUUGAGUCUCCAUCCGAAUGCACCAGCAGCGACGUAUCAGAUCACUAUGCUGUGGGGAAGCCGUUAGAGAUAUUUCUGGAUGGUCCAUAUGGUGCAGCAUCUUCCCACAUCUUCAGAGCCCAACACGCUGCUCUCAUAGCCGCCGGCAUAGGAGUUACGCCCUUCGCGUCCAUCCUGCAGUCCAUAAUGUACCGCUAUUGGAGCAACAGAGCUACCUGUCCUAAGUGCAGCCACACGUUCGCCACUAAAUUACCACAGAACAGCAUGAGCUUAAGAAAGGUGGACUUCUUCUGGAUCAACCGCGAGCAACGUUCCUUCGAAUGGUUUGUGUCGCUCUUGUCACAGCUGGAGAUAGAGCAAGCAGAAGCCGGCGGCGAGAGGUUCCUUGAGAUGCACAUGUACAUCACCAGCGCUUUGCAGAGGAGCGAUAUGAAGGCGGUCGGGCUGCAACUUGCUCUCGAUUUGCUGCAUGAAAAAGAAAAGCGUGACCUAAUAACAGGGCUGAAGACGCGAACGAACGCCGGACGUCCGAACUGGGAUAAAGUAUUUCAACGUCUUCAGGAACAGAACAAGGGAAAAGUUACGGUGUUCUACUGCGGACCGCCACAACUAGCAAGGAUUCUACGAGUCAAAUGCGACCAGUUCGGAUUCAACUUUAGAAAGGAAGUAUUUUAAACCGGGACAGCCAAAGUGAUACCUGUUUGGAUGGAAUAAGGCAUCAAGAAACAUCUCGUGUUAUUAUUAAUUUAUUAAAAUGUGGUGCAUUUCACAGCGUGAGUUAGCAUGAGUGAUACACCGUGUAUAAAUAGACUCUCAAGUCACGAAUACCUAUCGUAAAUUAUUUAAUAGCUAAACCUGCGUGACGCUUAUCCGUGACUUAUAUAUGCCAUUUUACAAAAUGUUUUUUUUAUUAUUGCACGACGUUAGUUAGCGCCCGAGCGCAGUCCCGUGCUAAAGUCAUGCAAUACCACAUUUUCGAAUGGGCUCAGGUAAGUCAUGCCGUGAUAAAAUAAAAACAAUUUAAUACUUAUAACCUAAGUGACAUUAUAAAUAAAAUUUUAUUUGCGUAAGAAGUUAGGUAUUUCUCACAGUAUGAAGAGCAAUUUAAUUAGUAAUUUAUUUAAUAAUUAUGUAUUUUAAUUUAUUUAGUGCUUACUAGUUAUUAAAUAUAUAUAUAUAUAUAUAUAUUUCAAUAGUCCAUUAUUUACAGAACAUUUUGUGGAUAGUAGGAAUAAUCUAAGUGCCAAUAAUAAGUUAAUUUCUUUCUGUAAUUAAUUAGAUUUUAUUGUAUAAUAAUUUUACCAUGCAAAAUGCUGACCCUUUCUUUUUGACUCGCGUAUCGGCUAUUUAUAUUAUUAUUUCCUCAAAGAGAAAUUCUUAGAACAAUUCUUCAUGAAUUAUGACUUUUCUGUAUCUGCUAAUUUCUACACUAAAAGCCAGAUUCAACGUCUUUUCAAGACACGCUUAUUUCAUAAGAAAAUUUCAACUUUCUAUCAUGUGUUGGUUAAUGUAAGAUAAAUUAUUUACCAAGCAAUAUUGUAAUAUUAUUUAGUACUCACUAGAUCUAAAGUUAUUGUGAUCUUUUAUCUCAAAGUUACCUGCAAUGUGUUCGUAGCAUAAAGAAGUAUUUAUUUUUGAAUGUUUAUGUUGUUUGUUUAAUAAUGUCGAGAGUUUAUGAAAUAAACUGCGAUUGUUAUCUUUC